ACCCCUGUGGGCCAAACCUCUUUCUUCGCCCGUCUGUCACUCCGAGCCGCGCUCUCUCGCGCGCCCCGGGGAAUUGGGAGAGUUGUGAGGAGUCGUCAAGGUGCUGCUGCCGCCGCCGCCGUUGGGUUUUCCCCUCCCCCUCCCAACGGUUUCUUCACGGGCUACACAUGGCAACAGAUGUCUUCAAUUCCAAAGGUUUGGCCAUCCAGGCCCAGAAGAAAAUCCUUGGCAAAAUGGCAUCUAAAUCCAUAGCAAAUGCUUUGAUAGAUGACACUAGCAGUGAUGUGUUGGAUGAACUUUACAGAGUGACAAGGCAAUACACACAAAGCAAAAAGGAAGCGGAGAAGAUCAUUAAAAAUCUCAUUAAGACUGUAAUCAAGUUAGCAAUCCUCUACCGGAAUAACCAGUUUAAUGAAGAAGAGAUCAUCCUUAUGGAGAAAUUCAAGAAGAAAGUUCACCAGUUGGCCAAAACUGUGGUGAGCUUCCAUCAAGUGGAUUAUACCUUUGACAGAAAGUUUUUGUCAAAACUCUUGAAUGAAUGCAGAGACCUGCUUCAUGAAAUCAUUCAGCGUCACCUAACUGCGAAAUCUCAUGGACGAGUCAACCACAUGUUUGAUCACUUCUCAGAUUGUGAAUUUUUGGCUGCCUUGUACAAUCCAUUUGGAUCUUACAAGUCUCACCUUCAGAGACUCUGUGAUGGUGUCAACAAAAUGUUAGAUGAAGGGAAUAUAUAAGUUACUGCAUCGGUGGUGUAUAUUCAUAGGCUGAGGACUACUGAUGGUCUGGAUUCAAUGAAGGAGGGCUAGAAAAACUGUGUGUGGUAAUGGCAAAAUUGAAUACCAAAACAAAUGCUAAAUAUUUAGAAAUUUCUUCAUCAAAUUGACCCAUUUAUUUGGAGUCAUCUAUUGCUAUUCUUUCUUUUUGCAGUACUUUGCUUUAAAACGUGGAGCAAUAAAGCCAUGAAACGGGAUUACUCGUGAAACAGAGCUUUUGUAAAAUAGACAGGAAAAGUGUACAGCAAGAUAAUCAGAAUCAAAAUGCAUAUUUCUACAUGUAGAAGAGUAUUUAUAAUCCUACAAAGGAUCAAUAUUUUUUUAUAUACACAAAUCAUGACUAUGGCACAUAUAUGAUAACUGGAGUUAGAUUUAAUAGAACCUAUGCUACUUAAUCUAGAUCCAUAUAUGCUAUACAUAAAUGCUUAGGUCACAUGGUCUUAGUUAUACUGUUAAAAUAGUUCUGCUUCGUAGGGCUGGUUCUCAUAUAAGACAGUAGAGACCACACAAUUGCCUUUGAAAUGUGCAGGGCUGCCGCCAGAUGCAUCUGGAAAUACUUCAUCGGCAUAAACUGACAUCUGUACAUGGUAGUCCCUGUUCCCAUAACGAUAGUAGUAGUUCAUCAAGCUGUUGUCCUGUGGUUACUGCAUCUGCAUAUGCUUCACAUGUUUUGGCAUGGUUUCACAUAACAUACUUCCAUGGAAGACCAGUACAUCCCACCUCUAAACCUCGUGGCAUGUACUCUCGAGGGAAUUCACAAAGGCUGUUUCCAUAUGACCCUACCCUUAAUCAUAUCAUUUAAGGCUUUGGAUUGUUAAUCUAUAGUACCAUAAUUUUGUGUGCUUUAUCAGCUGAAUGGUCUGGAUUUGAUUGAUGUAUUGCUAUUCUUAGUUGGCUACAGUAAUAAAGUGUGGCCAGGAAAACUAUACAUUAGUAGUGUGUGGUUAAAUGAAGCACCCAUACACAUUUUGCCAUUCUGCUAACAAUACCCUCACACAAACCAAAAAUUAGCUUAAUCCAAAAUUACUGUCAUCGCUAAGGGGCUUGCUUUUAAAUAGAAAUUGUCCUAAAUACUCCAAUCCCACAGUGAGCACAUGGAGUUCAGUCUGCAAAUGCCUUUUCUCAUUUCUGUAGAAGAAGGUAGUUCCAGAUCAAGUUCCUCAAUAAAAUGACGCACCCUGCAUGCACAAGUCAACAUUUUGUGUAUGUGAGCACAUGAGAAUCUAUAGCGUGGGGUAACAAAAUACAGUAACUAUUUUUUAUAUAUAUAAAAAUGGAUGGUAUUGUGAAUCUGCAAACCAUAAGUACCAGCACCAAAUUCUGAACGAUAUUGUGUACAUAGCCUCUGAAACAGAAGUCACUGUGUAGAACCUAGAAUAAAUGUAUAGCAAAUAUGGUGAAAUGCAUCUUAUAACUGGAGCAGCUUGUAUAAGAUUUCUUUAAAAAACAAUAUUGAAGUGAAAAUAGGACUAUCCAAAGGAAUUUGCUGAAAAUGUAAUGUUUUUUGUAUGUCACACAAGUCUUUGCUGAUUGCCAAGUUUUAAAAAGAAUUGUUACCAAAAGAAUAUAUUCAUUAUAAAUGCUGUGCCUGAUUUUCUAUGGCAUAACGAAUCAAAAAAUGGAUAUGCACUACUUAAUUAAAUCCAAGCCAUGUUUUGUUACUUCU